AGGUACGAAGUUGCUCUGAAUGAGUUUCAGAGGGCUUCGUACCUUAUCUUGCAGGUGACGGAUCCGCUUGGUACGUAGUGGGUUUAGUACGCCCCGCCAAAACGGCUCCGAAACAAACAAAAAGGUGCGUGCCGCACUCACUUUUGACUCUUGAUCUUGAUCUUGAUAAGGACUGCCAGUGAUAUACUGGAGGAAGGUGGGGAUGACGUCAAGUCCGCAUGGCCCUUAUGGGCUGGGCCACACACGUGCUACAAUGGCAAUGACAAUGGGAAGCAAGGCUGUAAGGCGGAGCGAAUCCGGAAAGAUUGCCUAAGUUCGGAUUGUUCUCUGCAACUCGGGAACAUGAAGUUGGAAUCGCUAGUAAUCGCGGAUCAGCAUGCCGCGGUGAAUAUGUACCCGGGCCCUGUACACACCGCCCGUCACACCCUGGGAAUUGGUUUCGCCCGAAGCAUCGGACCAAUGAUCACCCAUGACUUCUGUGUCACACUAGUGCCACAAAGGCUUUUGGUGGUCUUAUUGGCGCAUACCACGGU